AUGAGCCUCCUGCUGCUGGCUGUGGGGCUGACCCUGCUCGGCUGCCCCCAGGCCCUGCACUGGGGGCCCCAAGACCCCAACUUCAACGAGACUCUGGUCAGCGGCGAAUGGUUCUUGGCAGGGAUGGCCUCCAACCAACCUAAACUCCUGAAGGAGGACAAGGACGCGGGGCUGCUCGUCCACCGUAUCCAGGUCACCCCCAAGGCCCUGCAGCUCCACCUGCACAAGAAGGUAAACGGUGCAUGCGUCCCAAUCACGAUGAUGGCAAAUAAAACGAAAAGGAAAUUUCAGUACCGGCUGGAGGAUGCCGACCAGAACAGGCUUUUCCUGGAAAAAGUGGACCCCAAGAGCUACGUCAUCCUCUGCAACCACCGCGAGAAACGUGAGAAGGAGGUGGUGGUGGUGAACCUGCUGAGCCGGACACCCGAGGCCAGCCCGGACGCCCUGCUGCUGUUUACCAACUACUGUAGAAGCCAUGGGAUUCACCCCACCAACAUCAUCAAAGUGACCGCAACUGAUGCGUGCCCACGCCUGCCCCAGCCUCGGACCUCCGCUCAGCUCGCCACAGAUCACUGCCCCCGCGCCUGA